AUGAAUUUCAACGUCACCAAUAUGGAGAGAAGACGCUCUUCUUGCAGCAACUCACUGCCGGGCAGUGAGGCACAGAUACGCUUGUGUCCUGACAAGUUCGAAGAAUCUUCCACCGAUGAGCAGAACUUACCACCGGUCGACGGAGGGUUCCAGGCAUGGAUGUUUCUGACAGCCUGUGUAAUGAUCGAGGCUUUGAUAUGGGGCUUUGCCUUUGCAUUUGGGGUCUUCCAGAAAUAUUACCACACCCAUGCAGCUUUCCAGGACUCUAAUAUGGUAGCUGUUGUUGGAACAUGUGCUACAGGAAUAUCAUAUUUGAGCUGUCCACUGGUUAUUGUUGCUAUGAUCCUCCUUCCUCAAUGGGGACGCUGGUUCUCAUCUUUCGGACUAGUCAUAAUGUGCCUUUCCCUGGCACUGGGCUCAUUUUCAUCCAACAUCACUCACCUCGUCCUCUCCCAAGGAGUCGGUUUCGGAAUCGGCGGUUGUAUAGCAUACAGUCCAUCCAUCCUGUACAUGGACGAGUGGUUCGUCGACCGACGAGGACUCGCGUUCGGCAUCACCUGGGCUGGAUCAGGGAUAUCAGGGAUAAUAUUCCCGAUUAGCCUAGAGAAGCUAUUGACUCGAUUCGGAUUCGAAACCACGCUUAGGAUCAUCUCCGUGGUGGUGUUUGUUCUCGCUGCGCCUUUCUUAUACUUCCACAAGCCCCGGCUUCCGGUUAAGAAAACCGUCGAUUAUAAACGUCUGAACUUCCGAUUCCUCACCACCAGGAUAUUUUGCGUCUAUCAACUCGGCAACAUCAUUGAAGCUCUUGGGUUCUUCUUGCCUGGAAUUUAUCUUCCGUCUUAUGCGCGGAGCAUUGGUAGUACAGAUUUUCUCUCGUCAUUGACGGUCACGCUUUUGAAUCUGGCCUCGGUUUUUGGAAGUGUUACUAUGGGCCAUCUGGCAGAUCGAUAUCAUGCCAUCACCUGCAUUACCAUCUCGACUGUCGGUAGUACACUGUCUGUAUUUUUCCUCUGGGGAUUUGCAUCGACUUUGCCUACCUUGUUCGUAUUUUGUAUCGCAUACGGAUUGUUUGCAGGUUGUUACUCGGCGACGUGGUCGGGGAUAACGCACGAAGUCCGACGAGUCGAUCCGACUGCUGACGCAACUAUCAUAUUUUCGGUUAUUGCGUUUGGGCGAGGAAUUGGAAAUGUCGUUAGCGGCCCGCUAAGUGAGGCUAUACUCGUUGCAGACCCGUGGAAGGACUCGGCUGUGGCGGGCUAUGGUAGUGGAUAUGGGCUUAUUAUCCUGUGUACGGGGAUGAGUUGCUUGUUGAGCGGAGUAUGUAUAGUAGCGCAUUACACGAAAUGUAUAUAG